AUGCUGCUACAGUCAUUUCCACAGUUUCCCCGUCUGCCGCCCGAGCUUCGCUGCUAUAUUUGGCGCCUGGCUCUCCAACAACCCCGUGUACAUCGUCUGCGUAUCGCCAACGACCCCGAGAAACCUUUCGCACUCCAGCCAACCGAAACACUCCCUCGCUCCACAAUCUCCACCCGGACCAUUCUUGCAACAUGCAAAGAGUCCCGAAUAGAGGCAUUGCGCGCAGUGCCGCACAUCCUGCCUCUUGGAGACUCUAUGUUACAUUUCAAUGGUUCUGAGGAUGUUUUCUGUCUUGUGAAGGUGAAUCUAGAUGUGCUUGACGCGGCGAAUAUGGCGUUUUCGAAGUACAGUGCUCCUGAGCUAGGUGACGGGAAUGGGACAAGUGGUACUGAUACACCGGACGGUCUGGAUUGGGUUCAGCGCGUGACUAAGCUGGCAUUGGAGGUACGAAACACAUCUUUUUAUCGCGACCUUGGUUUCACCUUGGCUGGCGAUGUAAUCCGAAACCAUGUACCAAGGCUUAUGGCUGCAUUUCCAAAACUGAAAUUCUUUUUCUUGGUGACCUUGCCGUCGCCAGAUGAUAUGACGACGGUAAAAUGUCCUGGUGAUCUCCUGGCAGCUUAUAUGCCUAGCGAGACAGAACAAGAUGAGGACGAAGACGACGAAGAAAAUGAUGACGACGAUGAAGACAUUGAAGAUGGUGAGGAUGAGGAUCUCUAUGGUAGUGACUGGAUUCGAGGUGAGGGCGGUAUCAGUGACUGGUACCGCUGGGUACCACGUCGUACCAAAUGGGACUAUUCAAAUGAGAUAGUAAAAGCACACUUUGACGAAGUGAUAUCGAGUCAGGGGGGUCUCCAUGCCGCAUUGACGCGUCCUGACGACACACUAGGUUUAUCAAUGAAGGAGAGGCAGGUGCUGAGAUCGGUGCAGAUGAACAGUGUAGUUGAUCAAAAUGGCAACUUGCACUCGACACUUGGUCUGGAGCAGACACAGUAUAAUGAUAUUUGCAACUUUUACCCACGACUACAAGAAAGAUUGGCCUUUGGGCUGAAGGGUCCAUUUGUGGCAGCGUGCAUGGCGAACAUCCCGUCAAAUAUUUUCUUUACUUUAAUGGCCACUGACAGCACGAUGGUGUGGAUCUUCCUGGGAUCAGAGGAGCUGGACGUAUUUGCAGGUGCCUGCGGCGAAAGAGGUAAGCGGCUAACAACGCACGACAUUGCCGCCCAAUAG